GUGACAUGGUCUUGAGAAGUCUUUACUAGCUGAUAGGGAUCCCAGUAUAAACCCCAAAGCACUUCAAAAGCUACCAGGAACAGGUGAUUAACUGGUUGGCAGCAAACAUGAAGUCAUCCUCAGAACAAGCCCUUACUCAGUGGAGCGUGGAGGCCCUCAGUAUAAAGGAGAGGACUUCAGAGCUCCUCACCUCAUCCCCCUGGAUUCCUCCUGCCUUGCCAAUGCCCCACUGGGAAGCUGAGUUUCAGAGGAUGAGGGGCACAGCGCUGCUGCUGGCCUUGCUGGCUGUCCUGGUUGCAGCAGGAGAAGGAAGAGGUGAGGGAAACACCGUGAAGCUCUGCGGGAGGGACUUUGUCCGAGCUGUUGUCUUCACCUGCGGUGGCUCUCGGUGGAAAAGGCACUUGACUGAUUAUCAUUACCUGUUUGAGGGCGACAAUCCCCUGCCUUUCUCACAAGACAGCAACUCCUUGACAUCCACAGAGCAGAGGCUGGAGACAGAGAACAAAGAACUGAGGCCUGAGAUGGAGAGCAAACCAUCUGUGUUCAGAAAGCGUGAAGCAGCCAAGCUGCUGACCACAUCCUGCUGCAGCAUUGGCUGCAGUGAGAGAGAGAUCAGCUCCCUCUGCUAA